UCGUCCUGCAUCAUUCCCAGUCGCCCCACCCAAGCCCCCACGCUCAUCUUUAAUCUCCCGAGGGAGCGUCAUGGCUGUCAACGUGGCCAUGGGCCGGGACACCAAGUGGUUGACGCUGGAAGUGUGUCGUGAGUUUCAGAGGGGGACCUGCUCGCGGUCGGACGCAGAGUGCAAGUUCGCCCACCCCUCCCGCAGCUGCCACGUGGAGAACGGCCGCGUCAUCGCCUGCUUUGACUCGCUCAAGGGCCGCUGCACACGAGACAACUGCAAGUACCUACACCCCCCACCACACCUAAAGACCCAGCUGGAGAUAAACGGCAGGAACAACCUGAUCCAACAGAAGACCGCCGCUGCCAUGUUGGCUCAGCAGAUGCAGUUCAUGCUGCCUGGAGCCCAGCUGCAGCCCAUAACCUCUUUCCCAAUGACGCCCUCAUUGGCCACGAGCCCUAGCAUGGCAUUUAGCCCAUACCUGAGCCACAUGGCCCCGGGCAUCGGACUAGUGCCAGAGUUGCUGCCCAGUGCCCCUGUCCUGGUCCCGGGAAGCCCCACUGGCAUCGCCAUGGGCAACGGAAACUCAGCACAGAAGCAUGUUCGCACAGACAAGUUAGAGGUGUGUCGCGAGUUCCAGCGCGGUAACUGCACGCGCGGCGAAAACGAGUGUCGCUACGCCCACCCCAUGGAGGCGGGCAUGGUGGACGGGAGUGAAAACUCGGUCAUCGUGUGCAUGGACUACAUCAAGGGCCGCUGCAGCCGCGACAAGUGCAAAUAUUUUCACCCCCCGGCUCACCUGCAGGCGAGGAUUAAAGCAGCCCAACACCAGGCUAGUCAGAGUGCUGCAGCAGCUGCUAUGGCCCUGCCUCCAGGGGCUAUGCAGCAGUUACCAAAGAGGCCAACCUUGGAGAAGAGCAAUGGGACAGCAGCCGUUUUCAACCCCGGCAUGUUCCACUACCAGCAGGCUUUGGCCAAUAUGCAGUUACAGCAGCCAGCCUUCAUCCCUACAGUAGACCCCGUCGAGGUACUGAACACAGACCCAGUCAACCUUCAGUGCGUUCCCUUGGAAACCCACUUCUGCUCGGUGCCCAAAUUUCUGGUGGCGGCGCCUCCAACAACCUUGAACCCAGUAAGCCUCUCCAGAAACCCCAGUUAAACCACAGACAGACAACCCCAUCAGGCCCACUGCCCCAUUUCACACGCUCACCCCACAGACUGGAGAAGAAAAACACAGAAAAAAGCGUGCCUAAUCAUUACAGCUCCCCCCAAAAAAAUCUCCAGCCUUGCCACUCUCAUCUCUGACACGCUCACAGUCAACAAGGCUUUGUUGAUUUGAACACAGGCAAUAUUUCAGCUUGGGCAGACCCAAAACUGCUAAAGGAAGCAUAUCAUGUCUGUGUGAGAAGAUUUGAGUGAGUCCUCAGAAGUCAAAAAAAAAAAAAAGAUUCAGAGCUUUCUGAUACUAAACAGCCAUGCAGAAACUCUCUCUCUCUCUCUCUUUCACACACAAACACACACACACACACACAC